CGAGCGACGACGACGACGACGACGACGGCGUCGCAAGCGGUGGAAGAAGAAGAAGAGUCGACGACGACGACGACGACGACGACGACGACGACGACGACGACGACGACGACAACGAAGAAACCGACGGACAUCGUGGGACGCCUUUUUGUUUCGUCUCCUGGACUCGAGGAGGACGAUAAAGAAGAAAAAGAAAAAGAAAAAGAAAAAGAAGAAAAAGAAGAAGAAGAAGGAGAAGACGACGUCGGCCUAUCGUUCUUUCUUCUUCUCCUCCUCCUCCUCCUCCUCUUCUUCUAUUUCCUCUCUCUAUUCUCCCAUAGCGAGAGACGACGCGGUAUUAGAGAAGCUCCAGAAGAAGCACGAGCCUACCACCACCAUCGCCGCCGCGGCUUGGAUGGAUACUGUGCAUUAUUUCUGGAGUGCAUCCACGUCGCCGUCAUCCUGACCUGCCCGAGAAAUCCUCAUGAAAGACUGGGAACUCAGUACUCAGAAUAGCAUCGGCAGUGCGGUGGCUGCAGCCGACACCAUUUCCGCGCCGUGGACUCCCGCGAGUUCCGGGCCGCCGCCCGACGCCAACGGCUCCGGCUCGGAUACGAAGAACCUCGACGUUGGCGAAAUUAGCGAUGACGAAAAGGAUCUGUCGGCGGCGGACGCGGAGGGAGUAUGGUCGCCGGAUAUCGAGCAAAGCUUCCAGGAAGCUCUCACCAUAUAUCCGCCAUGCGGCCGACGCAAAAUUAUCCUUUCCGACGAAGGGAAGAUGUACGGUCGGAACGAGCUGAUCGCCCGUUAUAUCAAAUUAAGGACCGGUAAGACGAGAACACGAAAGCAGGUCUCCUCGCACAUACAGGUCCUAGCGAGGAGAAAACUUCGUGAGAUCCAGGCGAAACUCAAAGUGGAUCAUGCCGCCAAGGAGAAGGCUCUCCAGACAAUGUCGAGCAUGUCGAGCGCCCAGAUAGUAUCAGCUGGGAGUGCGAUACACAACAAGAUGCCCCCCGCCCUCGUGGGGCCCCUUGCCCUUCACGCUUCCACCCCUGUCUCCUAUCCCGGAGCGCAAUUCUGGCAGCCAGGUCUGCAGCCAGGAACCUCCCAGGAUGUCAAGCCGUUUCCACAACCUGCGUACACCGGUAAACCGGCGACGGCGGUCUCGAGCGGCGACAUGGUACAGGCACAGCCUCCGCCACCUUGGGAAGGACGAGCAAUUGCAACUCACAAGCUAAGGCUCGUCGAGUUCUCGGCAUAUAUGGAUCAGCAAAGAGAUCAGGACAUUUACCACAAGCAUCUGUUCGUCCACAUAGGAGGAUCAGCGACCUAUGCCGAUCCAUUGCUCGAAGCUGUCGAUGUAAGGCAAAUAUACGACAAAUUCCCGGAGAAGAAGGGUGGUUUGAAGGAACUUUACGAUAAGGGACCGCAGGCUGCCUUUUUCCUUGUUAAAUUCUGGGCCGAUCUCAAUACCAAUAUUCAGGACGAAACUGGAGCCUUUUAUGGCGUUACGAGCCAGUACGAGAGCAACGAGAACAUGACGAUAACGUGUUCGACGAAAGUCUGCUCCUUUGGAAAACAGGUGGUGGAAAAGGUGGAGACGGAGUACGCCAGGUUCGAAAAUGGCAGGUUCGUCUAUCGUAUCAGCCGUUCACCGAUGUGCGAAUAUAUGAUUAACUUCAUCCACAAGUUGAAGCACCUGCCAGAGAAGUACAUGAUGAACAGCGUUCUCGAAAACUUCACCAUCCUUCAGGUUGUAACGAACAGGGAUACGCAGGAAACAUUACUGUGUACGGCAUAUGUGUUCGAAGUGUCGACGUCCGAGCACGGUGCACAACAUCACAUAUACAGAUUGGUCAAGGACUAACCUGCUCGAACCUGCUCGCCAUGCAGCCAUCUACCCCCAUCAGUGCCUACCAUCACAUAAAAAGAAUCAUCCGUACGCGUAUAAUAUACACUAAAAAUACACUGAAUACAUAAAAUCACACGCGCGAGGAGAAACACGAAUAUGAGAAUACAAUGAGAUGUAGACUCAUUGUUCAUACGUACUAUAUAUAUAUAUAUAUAUAUAGAUAUACUCACACAUAAAUACACAUACAUAUGCAUAUACAUAUACAAGUACACAUGAUACACGCACAUAUUAAACACACACAUAUAUAUAUAUAUAUACACACACACACAUUUACAUUUACACACAGAAAUACAUACAAUAACUACACAAAUAUUUUCACUUCCGCACUCGAGAAAAAGAAAUUCUAUCGACAAUGUUCUUUCUUUUUUUUUUUUUUUAUUUUUUUUUUUAUUUUUUUUUUUUUUUUUUUUUUUUAUAUAUCGAUAUAACUAACGGUGAUAAUAUUUUCUUCACCGUGACAGUAUUAUUGACGAAAAUGUGGGGAAAAAAAAAGAAAAAAGAAAAAAAAUAAGAAAAGUUUCGUUCGCAUCGUUCGAUUCGAAGAAAAUUAACGGUACAUUAUUUCGAGCAUAUCGUCGUAUAUAAAAAAAAAAAAAAAAAAGAAAAAAAAAAAAAAGAAAAAAGAAAAAAGUGAAAUGAAAAAAAGAAAAAAAGAAAAGAAAAAAAGAAAAAGAAAAAAAUUGUUUUCGUUGGUAAUUAAACGAAAAGCUCUUAUAAUCGAUGUCUCCUUACUUUUCUUCGUUAAUAACUUUGUUACUUGAACUUAUAUUGAAUAUAAUAUAACUCGAUAUCGUUCGAUUAGACAUCGUUAUAUAAUCUUUGCAUUCUUGAGAUGUGCAGUAUUUGGAAUCAUUGUCAGUGGAACUUCUUAAAGAGAGAGAGCGAGAGAGAGAGAGAGAGAGCGAGAGAGAGCGAAAGAGAGAGAGAGAGAGAGAGAGAGAGAAGAAUUUCGAAAUACAGACACCGAAGUACUGGCCAGCCCGAGCUUGAGUUUGAUUCAAAGUUCAAACUUUCUAAUUAAUUAUUGGGACCGCGAUUCUCCGUAUAUAUAUAUAUAUAUAUAUAAAUAUAUGUAUAUACAUAAAGAAAAGAAGAAAAAAAAAGAAGAAAAAAGAAAAGAGAAAAAUUCUUUCUUUUUUUCCUUUUACCUGUCCAACAGGUAUAACUUUUAUGGAAGAUAUUUCCGGAAGUGUAAAUGUUUAAAUGUGAAGAGGAAGGGGGGAAAAGAUAGUUAUAAUAAUAUAUAUAUAUAUAUAUAUAUAUAUAUAUAUAUGUAUAUAUAUAUAUAUAUACACACAUGCAUAUAUAUAUAUUUUGUGAAUACGUCUUCGAUCCGUCGGCACGUUCAGUUCGACAUACGAAUUUUUUAGUAAAAAAAAAAAAAAGAAAAAAGGGGCGGA